CGCGGUACAUAAAAUCCCGCGCACGGCCCGGUUAAUCGCAAGCGCUGCUCAAACCUCUUCAACCAGAACCGAGGUCAUCAAGAGCUUCAAAAACUCAGUACAGCGUGAAGUAAACACGUCGACCUGACGUCGACGAACGACGGAACGUGACCCUAAAGGUCCCACUUCAUCAAAAUUUCAUGCUCCAGAACGGCCCUACGUUCAAUCCCUGCUCCCCUAUACAGACGGUCAACAAGCGGCACAUAAUGAAAACCAUGUUAGGCUUCACGCUAAGCCUAACCCAAGUCCUUCUCCUUGUGGUUCUGAGCUGCUGCCAGAAACCUGCGACGACUCAGACGACGGUGUUCAAGACACUGCUUCGCGAUCGACGACAGCUGCACGGUGUGUUGCGGAGGAGCCCGCUUUCCAAGGUCCGUUCACGGCUGCUCUGCACGGUGGCCUGCCUGCGGGAACCACAGUGUGUGGCGCUCAACAUUCGCAGAGACCGAGGAGUCUGCGAGCUCCUGUCCGCGAUUGGUCAGUUGAAGCAGUUGCUUGAUGAAAUCGGUUCUGAGUUCCUGGUCGAUACGCGGCGAAUCCAAACGUGUGCUGACGCUCCGUGUAAAAAUGGCGGCAGCUGCACGGACGUGCCGAUUAGUGUGAAAGGGAGAUUCCAGGCUUACACUUGCGCAUGUCCAUGUGGAUUCUGUGGCUCCAACUGCGAACGGCUAAACUUCUGGCGCCAGGACCACUCGGGCAUUCGGGGUCACAACAUCCCUCACGACGCAUUGUAUGUGGACACACUGGAAGCCUGCUUCAAGAUCUGCAUGCGGGUGCCCGGAUGCAAGUCUGUGGACUUUACAAACAACGACAACAGCUGCAACCUUAACAAUGUCACCCACGAGACAGCCCACUUGAAGCGCAUCGAAGACGUCACGUAUGUGGCACCCCUCUGUAGAUGCGAAGGACCUGCCGUGCCAGCAAAGACCAUCUUUAAUUCCGUGAAAUCCGAUCAAAAUAACACGACAGCCUCUGCGGAUGAAGAGUGAACUGACAUGAAGUGUGACUCGCUAUCUGCAAGACCAGUACAACAAACAGGGACUUUCCCAUCACCCCCGCAGCUCCCAAGACCCCUUAAAGAUAUCGCAACCACCGUCCCCCAAAGAUACCGUACAAAAAAAGUAAAAAAGAAGAAAGAAAAACACAACAGAAACAGGUGUCGCCCUCCGCAAAUGGAGUCCUCGAAAAUCCUUCACAACAGAGACAACACUUGCGGUUGUGGUGUUACAUAAACGGCACGACAGACUAUUGAAACUUAAUAAAAUGCAUCAAUAUGGAGUCUGCAUUCCCUAAUUAAUUAAAUUAAAUUAAUAAAAUACCG